ACGGUUCAAUUAACUGAAAUUAAUUUGUCCUUAAAUAAAAUUCGAGUAAUUGAUGACUUUGCAUUUUCGGGUGAUUUUAAUUUAAAUAAAUUGAACUUGUCACACAAUCAACUCACGGGUAUGGACAAACAUAUUUUGGAAAAUCAUUCAAACUUAGCCCAUUUGGAUUUAUCGAAGAACGAAAUUCAAAAUUUGGACGCCGAUGUGUUUGAAAGUUUGACACGUUUAGUCCUGUUGGACUUAUCAAACAAUUUGAUUCAUAAUUUCAACAACAACACCUUUGUGAAUCUGGUGAAUCUGAAUUAUUUGAAUUUAUCGUCAAAUGCUUUAUCUGAGAUUAAAACUGGGUCAUUUGCAACGUUGUUUCAUCUUGAAAUAUUAGAUCUGUCCAAUAAUAAGCUGAAAACAUUGGAUGUUAAUAUUCUUCCGUCUCGUCUAGUAAGGAAGUUGAAUUGGUUUUCGAUUGCCAAUAAUCAAUUACGAGAAUUGACGGGUUUUACCAGCUCUCGGCUUCCAAACAUAAGAAUUAUCGGCGUUGAUAGCAAUAAAUUCAGUUGCUGGAUCGAUUGCAAUACGGCUAAUCCUGGAGCUGAGCCGAAUGAGGAAGCGGACGUUACGACUGAAGCAAUACAGAAACUAACUAGUGUAUUCAUCGGUCCUCAAAAAGUUUUGAAGGAAAUUAUUCAAGUGAAUCAUCAAGGCAUAAAUAGUAGCCAAGAACUUGCAAAUUACGAACAGUUCAACGAUGGAAAGAACACAAAUCUACCGCUAAUUAGUUGCAUUUUUAUUAUUUUAUGUUUGGUCAUCAUUGUUGCUGUUUUGAUUACAUUUUUACUUAGGAAACGAGAGUACAGUGAACAUUACGCUGCUGACGUUUUAUAUCGAAGAAAUGAAAUGACGGCAGCCGAUGCAGUUGAAAACCAACAUUAUGACAUUGUCUGUAACAAAUAGGAAAUUCAAGAGGCUCGACUCUGGAAUAUUUACUAAACAUUGUUUCCAACAAAUAAAUUGAAUGAAUUGAAAUUGAAAAUGUUCUUUCAAUCCAUAAUUCAAUGAAAACUUCAUUAAGAGUGAAC